AUGUGCUUGGAAUUCAUCUUUACCAUUAGACCAAAUUAUGAAAUUCAUAAAACUAUUAAAAAGUUUGAAUAUGGUAAAGUUUUAACAUGUACCAAUUAUUGUUGCAGGAAUGAAAGAAGUCGUAUUGGAGAGAAACCCUAUGAAUGUUAUCAAUGUGGUAAAGCCUUUGCACGUCACAAUCAUCUCCAAAUACAUAAAAGAAUACAUACUGGAGAGAAACCUUAUGAAUGUAAUCAAUGUGGUAAAGCCUUUGCAUGUCACAGUCGUCUCCAAAGACAUAAAAGAACACAUACUGGAGAGAAACCUUAUGAAUGUAAUCAAUGUGGCAAAGCUUUUGCACGUCACAGUCAUCUCCAAAGACACGAAAAAACACAUAAUGCAGAGAAAUCAUAUGAAUGUAAUCAAUGUGGUAAAGCCUUUUCACAACAGAAUAAUCUCCAAUAUCAUAAAAGAACGCAUACUGGAGAGAAACCUUAUCAGUGUAAUCAAUGUGGUAAAGCUUUUGCAUUUCACAAUAGUCUCCAGUAUCAUAAAAGAACACAUACUGGAGAGAAACCUUAUGAAUGUAAUCAAUGUGGUAAAGCUUUUGCAUUUCAGUAUAGUCUCCAAAAACAUACAAGAAUACAUACUGGAGAGAAACCUUAUCAAUGUGAUCAAUGUGGUAAAGCGUUUUCACAUGUGAUUCGUCUUCAAUAUCAUAAAAGAACACAUACUGGAGAGAAACCUUAUGAGUGUAAUCAAUGCGGUAAAGCCUUUGCAUUUCACAAUAGUCUCCAAAAACAUAAAAGAACACAUACUGGAGAGAAACCGUAUCAAUGUAAUCAAUGUGGUAAAGCAUUUUCACAACAGAGUAGUCUCCAAUAUCAUAAAAGAACGCAUACUGGAGAGAAACCUUAUGAGUGUAAUCAAUGCGGUAAAGCCUUUGCAUGUCACAAUAGUCUCCAAAAACAUAAAAGAACACAUACUGGAGAGAAACUGUAUCAAUGUAAUCAAUGUGAUAAAGCAUUUGCACAUCACAAUAGUCUCCAAUAUCAUAAAAGAACGCAUACUGGAAAGAAUCCUUAUGAAUGCAAUCAAUGUGGUAAAGCCUUUGCAAGUCACACUCAUCACCAAGUACAUGAAAGAACAUAUUUUAGAAAAAAACCUUAGAAUGCAAUCAAUGUUGUAAAGACUUUGGAUGUAAGACUAAUCUCGAAAGACAUAAAGGAAUAUAUACUGGACAGAAACCUUAUGAAUGUAAUCAAUGUGGUAAAGCAUUUACAACUCACAGUCAUCUACAACGACAUAAAAGAACACAGAGGAGAGAAACCUGGUUAUUGUUUACAUAUUGACAUAAGGAGAUGCAAGUAUGUAUCAAAUUGACAAUGGAUGGAUUGUGAUUGCUACUCUUGGUUUUCAAUAUAAGAUCUAAAAUGGAAAGCAUAGGUCCAGGCAUGGUGGUACAUGCCCUUGAACCCUAGGAGAUGAGCUUCAAGCAGAUCUCUGAGUUCAAGUCCAUCCUGAUACAGAACAAGUUAAAGGUGAAGAAAAGCUUAGGUCUAGUCCUGUGGAUACAGAGCCUUGCAGAUCUCUGAGUUCAAGGUCAAUAUAUAGAGCAAGUUCCAGGACAGCCAAGCUGAGGCAGUAAAGGAGUUGGAGAACAGAAAACUGGUCAUAAUGUAAUAGAAGAGGCCAUGUCCCAGGCCCAGAAAGCAGCAGAACUCAGCAGCUUUGUCCCUGUGGCUCUGACUUUAGAGGUAAGAAUAGAAGGGACUACUGGGAAAAUUGAAGCUUGUUAGCUGUAGCUGAGAAAUUAGAAGUGAUGAAGAAGAGACCAGCAUCACUGAGGUGAAAUCUUCUAGGAAGUGUAUUCUGAGAGGACAAAGAAACUCUGUUCCAGAGAUAGCCAGAAUUGUACCUUGUGUUGCAGCUGAACUUGGUCUCAUGUAAGAAUCACCCAGGUGGUACUGGUUUUGAAGGCAUGACGGUGUCAUGAGGAGCAGCUGAGGCUUGGACUCAUGAAGGGAACAUAAGUGACUAGGCUAUCAGUGAAGCCUAGAUGCAGAAGAACCCAACAUAUUGAAGAUGCCAGUCCAAUGGGAUGAGCAGAAAGAACAACAGCAGUAAAGUGGAGUCAACCAGAGCUUAGAGCAAUACAGAGGUCAGAGCUGGAGAAGUGACCUUAUCUCUUUGGAGGAUAGCAGAAGAUCAUGUGUGGAUCCAAGACAUUGGAACAAGAAACUGUAACACUGAGGUUACCUUGGAGACCCCAAGAUCUUUGAGAUGCCAGAGCUGUGGGGUACCUGCUCAUGAAAACCAGCCAAAGAGAAAGAAUUAUGCUGCAGUGAACAAAGCAGAAAAGAGUUGGAGAUCUGAAGAAUGCUUUAACAUCAGACAUGGAGAUGUAGUUUGGAGAUUUCCAAGCUGGCUUUUGGUUUUGUUUUGGUCCAGUAUUUCCUCAUGACACUUAGGAAUGGUGAAAUAUAUCUUGUGAAGUUGGAAGUAUAUGAUCUGUUUUUAUUUUCUUUUUUAGGGGAUUACAGUUACAUGAUUGGAUGACUCUCAGAAGAGACUGUGACCUUUGGACUUUUAACAUAUUUGAGACUGGUAUAGAUGAUGGGGACUUUUGAAGUUUGACCACAUGUAUUUUCCAUUAUGCCAUGUUUAAGAAUGGUUCCCAUACAUUCCUGUACUCCAACAAGCUUAUGGGGCCAGUAAGUGGAAUGUGGGAGUUUGAAUUUGCUUGUCACAAGGAGUGGCUCUAUUAAGAGGUGUGACCUUGUUGGAGGAAGUGGAUAUCUCUGGGGGUGGACUUUCAAGCUCCACCAAGUGCAAAACAGACCCUCCAAUUCCCUCCCUGGAAGACAGUUUCUUCCUGGCUGCCUUUGGAUCAAAAUGCAGAACUUACAGCUCUUUCUCCAGCAUCAUGACUUCUUGCAUGCUGCCAUGCUUCCUGCUAUGAUGAAAAAUGGACUAAACCUCUGAAACUGUAAGCCAGCCCCAAUUAAAGGUUUGCUUUAAUGAGAGUUGCCUUGGUCAUGAUGUCUAUUCCUAGCAAUGGCAACACUAAGACAGAAACCUUGGGAGUGUAUUUAAUAUGGUGAAGCCUUUGCACAAUUCUAUAGGCUUCAUCAUCAUGAAAGAAUAUGUACUAGAGCCAGACAGUGGUGGUGCAUGCCUUUAAUCCCAGCACUUGGGAGGAAGAUGCAGGUGGACUUCUGAGUUCUCGGCCAGCCUGGUCUACUGAGUGAGUUCCAGGACAGCCUGGGCUAUAUAGAGAAACCCUGUCUCAAACAACCAAAAACAAAAACAAAAAACAAACCAACAAACAAAAGAAUAUGUACUGGAGAGAAACCUUUUGAAUGUACUUACUAUCGUUAAGGUUCUUCCUAUGGUUAAGAAGGAAUGACUUUGACAGAUACAGUUCUCAUUCUGUGUCUUUAGAACCUGAGCAUCACACAGGAGUUCAUGACAAGCUCAUCUUUGGACCCUGUCUACAUGUGUUAAAUCAGAAGUUUUGCUCUUUGCAAUGUGAAAUCUGUAUCAUGCAGGAAACAAGCCCAGGUCACUUUAUUAUCUUGUAUUAGUUCUCACGACUUUGCAUUGAGGAAUUACAUUUUCCUGCUUACUUAAUUCCAAAGGAGUUGUCUUGCUUCUCUUUAAUGAAAACUAAACUCUGUUAAACAA